AUGGCUGCCGAUGUCCAACGCGGCAACGAAGCCGUGGUGGCACUCUCCAGACUGGCAAUAUUUGCGUGCUGCUACAUCGAAAAUGGCUACGUGCCGAUCGCGCCCUUCUUGGUUUCCCGUGCUGAGGUAGGGAUCCUCUUGUCCGCGCAGUAUUUUGCAAGCUUGCUGGUGCUUGUGCCAACUGGGUUGGCUAUCGACAGCUGCGGGCCUCUGCCCAUACUGCACCGUAUGCUGCUGGUGUCUGUCGCUGGAGUGGUGCUGGGGGCUAUCUUCCCAAGCUUUUGGUGCCAGCUCCUCUCACGCGCCAUGCUUGGUGGCGCGUUUUCCGGCUUCUUCAAUGCCUGCAUGGCCCUGAUUAUGGAGCGAUUCAAUGAGCCGCUGCGGUCGCGCUACCUGGGCUCUGCGCUGGGCUUGGGCACAAUUGGGAACAUGGUCGGGCCACCUGCAAUUGGAGCUGUAUACGACUUGGCAGCCUCUGCUGGCCUUGAGCAACCGCGGUUUUGGGCCUUGGCACAUCCCCUGAUUUUGCUGGCGCUUGCUUGGAGAAUGCUGAAAGCUGUUCCCAUGUGUAAGGGAUCAGAACCAACGGAGCCUUUGCUUCAGGAUGCUCACAUAGAGGCAAAGCUGGUAGCACAGCCAAGUGCUUUAUUUGCCAGGGCUCUUGGAGUCUACGUCUCCGUGGGGCUACGAGCAUGGAUUCUCGCAUUAGAGCUCGCGUGUCUCUUUGGCAGCGCCAGCGCUGCCAUUACUGCCAGCGCAAUUGAAAUGCAUCGGCGUGAGUUCUCCCCGACAGCAAUCGGACUCACGGCGGUUCCUGCCGGAUUGAUGCAGUCUCUGUUUUCACAGUGGUCUGGACGGUUUGCAAGUUCAGCAAAGAAUCGCGAGGCAGUGCUGUUGGCAUGCCCUGUGGUGCUCGGAGUCAUGGCGAUCUGCAUUGCUGCGAUCGGCUCUUUGCACUUCAGCAUGCUUGUGCCCAUUGUCCUGAUCUUGAUGACCUGCAGUGCCGUCGAAGGUGCAGCUGAUCCCACAUCAAUGUCCAUGAUGGCCGACCUGGCAAGAGGCGCAUCCUUGGGCUAUGGCCAGGCGGUGACGGCAUCUGAGAUGGCCGUGUCCUCUGGUCUCGCCAUGGGCCCAUGCCUGGCACACUUGAUGCGCCACCGAGAGUUCUCUUCACUUUGCCUCGUCAUUGGUCUCCUUGCAUUGCUCGUCUCUGUGGCUUGCGCCAGGUUCCUGCGUAACAUUCCUCAUAACGAUAGCGAAGCUGAUGAAGCCGUUCAAGCCAACGAGACGCCCCACUGA